AUGAACAGCUACAACGCAAGUCACGCUGUGAAGCAGCCGUUGAAUGCGGUGUUGCUGCUGUGCAUGGUCCUCACCGGCCUCCUGAUCUUGGGACCAGGCACAGCAGAUGCGCAAUGCACGGGCUGCACGUUUUCCACGUCCGGCCCUUGCCAGGACCCGGCAACUGGCAUCUGCUACGCUGCUUUCGCAACGGUUCCACCGUCCUGUCAUCCAUCCUUCAUCCAGUGCGAAGCGAAAACGGCAAACGACUACCCCCUCUGCGCCGGCUGCCUUCCCAUCACAAAUCCAACCCCUGACGGUGCCGUGAGCAUUGGUCGGUGCAAGCACGACAACCCCUUUGAUGAUUCAUGCUUUGCAUGGCGGUCGGAUAUCGGCGGGUGUCCUGCUGGCACAUCAACGUGCGAGGACAACCCACUCCCGCUUUCCGGUGUCGUUCACGACGUGUCCUGGGGCAGUGGGCCUGGCCCUCCCCUGACAAUCAAGCACGAGUACAAGCACGUCCACAUCGACAUCGACAUCAACAUCAACAAGCACAUCAACCUCUACCUCCACUUCAACCUCAACCUCAAAAAGCACGUCAACAUCAACGUCCACAUCAACUUCAACCUCAACAAGUACCAGCACAAGCACCUCUACCUCAACCUCCACAUCCACAUCCACGAGCACGUCAACAUCGACAUCAACAAGCACAUCCACAAGCACCAGUACUUCCACAUCAACGUCCACAAGCACGAGUACAAGUACUUCCACCUCUACAUCAACGUCCACAUCCACAUCAACAUCAACAAGCACGUCAACAUCAACGUCCACAUCAACAUCAACCUCUACAUCAACCUCCACAUCCACAAGCACGAGUACAAGUACUACCACGAGCACGUCAACGUCCACAUCCACAUCAACAUCAACAAGCACAUCAACCUCCACUGCAACCUCAACCUCAACCUCAACAAGCACGUCAACAUCAACGUCCACAUCAACAUCAACCUCAACAAGUACCAGCGCAAGCACAUCAACGUCCACAUCCACAUCAACAUCAACCUCUACAUCGACGAGCACGAGUACAAGCACAUCAACCUCCACAUCAACCUCCACUUCAACCUCAACCUCAACCUCAACAAGCACAUCAACCUCCACUUCAACCUCAACCUCAACCUCAACAAGCACAUCAACAUCAACGUCCACAUCAACAUCAACCUCUACAUCGACGAGCACGAGUACAAGUACUUCCACCUCCACAUCAACAUCAACAAGCACAUCAACGUCCACAUCAACAUCAACAAGCACAUCAACGUCCACAUCAACCUCAACCUCAACAAGCACAUCAACAUCAACGUCCACAUCAACAUCAACCUCAACAAGUACCAGCACAAGCACCUCCACAUCAACCUCCACAUCAACAUCAACCUCUACAUCGACGAGCACGAGUACAAGCACAUCAACCUCCACAUCAACCUCCACUUCAACCUCAACCUCCACAUCGACGAGCACAUCAACAUCAACGUCCACAUCAACAUCAACCUCAACAAGUACCAGCACAAGCACAUCAACGUCCACAUCCACAUCCACAAGCACGAGUACAAGUACUUCCACGAGCACGUCAACAUCCACAUCAACAAGCACGUCAACAUCCAAAUCCACAUCCACAUCCACGUCCACGUCCACAUCCACAUCAACAUCAACAAGCACAUCAACCUCCACUUCAACCUCAACCUCAACCUCAACAAGCACGUCCACAUCGUCGUCGACAUCUACAUCAACAAGCACCAUACCAGCACAAGCACAUCGACGAGCACGAUACCAGCACAAGCACAUCAACAACAACAACAACAACAACAACAACAACAACAACAACAACAACAACAACAACAACAACAACAAUCAACAACAACAACAACAACAACAACAACAACAACAACAACAACAACGGCUCGUGACAAGCCGCCAGCGCCGGCCAUCAGCUCCACGUCCUCGACAUCGCCGUUCGUCGUCACCAUCAACCCGCCGCCCGCAACGUCAUCGGGCCCAGCGGCUUCGACAUCAAACUCGUCCAAGUCGUCUUCCUCGUCCACGCUCUUCAUCAUCAUUCUCGCUGUUGUCGCGGUGCUUGCCCUCGUGGCGCUCAUCGUGACGCUUCUCAAGCGAUCUGCCGCCAGGUCUGCUGCACUUCAGGUCCACCCAGAGCUGUCGCGAAUGGCAGCGAAUCUCCAUGAACCAGGUCGGCCCUUCACGCCACAUCAGGCAGAGGCCGCAGACGCACACGCACACGCGGCGCUGUCACCGCCCCCACUUCUCGGUGGCAAGGGAGCAACUGGUCAUGUUGGUGGCGGUCGUGGCGGCGAUGGUGGCGUGAGUGCCAUCAGUGAGGAGGCGAAGGCCGACCACCAACGCGUGGAGCUUCGAGAAAUGGCCGAAUUCAUCAUGCAGCAGAUGAGACAGCAAGCGUCCGCGCGCGCUGCGAACCAGCGGCUGCCGCCUCUGAUUCCUCGACCGGUCGAUCUCGCCGCUGUUCAAAACGUGCAGGACGAACUCGCCGGUUUCUCGCUGAUGUCUGCCGUGAUGGUGCAGCAGCAGCAACAGCAUCAACAACAACAGCAGGAUGAUGAUGAUGAUGAUGAUGAUGAUGAUUACGGUGAUGGUGGCGGUGGUGGAAUGGACAAUGUUUCACCAUCACGAUUGACUACACGCGUUGCCUGGCGCGGGGGUGGGGAUUCGAUGCAGAGUGUAACACAUCCACACGUCACUCGCACGGCCGUUGCACCUUCUGCUGAUGCUGUGGUUGAUGCGACAGCAGCUCCGUCAUCGUCGUCAUCGGAGCCCAGUGUCACCUACGACCCAGCUGUGGUCACCUCAAAGAUCCCAACUCAGCAUGCGGAUGUGCGGCCGACGGUGUCACGGCCGAUGCAACAAGACGGAACAGCAGCUUCAGCCAGUCAUAUUCGCACGGCCGCUGGCACGACGGUGUCUGCGCCCAAUCCAUCAACGCAGCUGCGCGGGCGACGAAAGCGGCGACCGCCCACAACCAAGAAACUCAGAGCCAAACUGCCCAACUUUUCGUCCGCCGUGGACAAGGGCGCGGCGCAGCAGUUGGCCCGCGAGAACACUGAGAACAGAGACCGCAUGAAGAAGACGCUGCAAGACCAGCAGCAGCGCCACAAGCGCGAGGUGCAGGCUCGCCUCCGCGACAGACGCGCACGCGCGCAGCAGCGACAGGAACAGCGGUCCAGCCGUCCAUCGCCAGCGCCGCCACGGCUACCACCCAUCACCUCUCCCAACACAGUUGCACCCCACAGUAUGCACGACACGAGCGAAGCCUGAGCCUGACAGCAAGACUCUAAGACUCGAACACGCACACAUAACAGCAGCAACUGCAAACCACAGCAAGCCACAGCAAAGCCAACACUCGGGGCACGCCGUGUGCUGUGUGCUGUGCAUGUGAACGAACCUCUUUCCUGCUGAAGUGAUGCUGUUUGUAGCACUUGCACUCUGAGAGGAGACUGUUCACCUUUCGUCUUGCCGCACCUCUCUUCACGCUGAGUGUGUUCCUUUCUUCUUGUUCUGGUCUGCACACCCCCUCUGCCUCUGCUCUUUGCUCAGUUACACAUGCUGGGCCACUUCUCCUUUGUUAUGUUAGUUACCCCUGAGUGGGUUCUGCCGUUGGUCUAUAGCACACGCACACUCCACGCGCUGCCCUUCUUUCUUGUGUUACAUUAUGUUACCUGCGAGCCAUUUCAAUGUGCUCCCUCGCUCCCGUGAUCAUUUUUGCAGUCUCGCACCUUGCAUACACACCAUAACCUUAUGUUCUUCCUUCUCCCUUGUACCAACGACACGCCACCGUCGCCUACCAUAAACGCACACGCCAAUCACCA